AUGUGUACUUUCUGCCUCCUGAAGGGAGCUCGCGACUCGAACAUGGUUGAGUUUAAGUCGCCGUUUAGCAUGAGCCUGUUUAUGGUGUCACCCAACCGUGAGGAGCGCAUCCAAAUUAACCAUCCUGCCGCAUCUGCCAACUGCUCGGAUGUGCCAAUCUUCCGUCUCGUCAAGGUGGCACUUUCUCAUUCCUCUUCGCAACCGGAUUCGGGCUCCGUCAGUUUACCUGAAUGGUUUGCUCUACCCUCAAAUCUUAACAAGCACUGGCACUGA